AUGGAGAACAAUUUUGAUAUAUUAUUUCCUGACAAUAAGGAUAUAAAAAACAUAAAACAAUACUGUGAACAAGGUGAUUUAAAAUUUGAGAAUGAUGAAUUAAAAAGAGAAAGAGAAAAAAUAAGAAGUAAUAAAGCAUUUAUUAAUUGUGUUAAGAAUAUAUGGACAAAUAUUUUAAAUAAAAAAUUAGAUGAUAAGUUUACGAAAGUUGAAUAUUUUAAAAUUAUGUUAAGAAUAUGUAAAGUUUUGAUACCUCAAUUUGAAAUAAAGGAAAUUGUAAAAAUAGUUAAUGAUGAGUGGAAUAAUGAUUCUAAAGGAAAAAAAUUUUUAGAUUUUCAAUCUUUUUUUAAUGCUUUUUUUGAAUUGUCAGAUAUUUGGACACCAACUAUAAAUGCAGAAGAUUAUGCUCACUUUUUAAAAUCAUUAUUUUAUAGGAUUACAUAUAUUGAAAUAAAAAAAAACAAUGGAGAAGUUAUCAAAAAGAAACCCAUGAUAAUGAUACAUUUUAGAAGAAAAGAAGAAGAGAAAAGAUUAUCAUUGUAUAAUUUAUCAAGUAAUAAAAAAAAUGAAAAAUCAAAACAAAACGACUUAUUAAAAAAUAUUAAAUCACUAAAAAAAAUGUCUGGAGAAAUAGAAGAAUUUAAAAAACAAUUUACAAAAAGAUUAAGUGAAAAUUAUCAACUUCAGGAAUCCUUCUUAUAUAAUGCUGAUGAGGAAGAAGACAUUAUAGAUGAAAACUUAUUUGAAAAUUUAUUAAAUAAUAGGAAUAACGAUUCUUAUUUACAUAGAAAUAUUAUACUAAUGGACGUGAAUGAUAUUAAUCCUUUAGAAUAUAUUGAUAGUGAUGAAGAAAAUAACAACUCAUUAGAAAAACAGCAAAAUAAAUAUAUUACCCCAAAUAUAAGCUCAAAUAAUGCAACAAUUAAAUAUGAAAAAUCAAAGUUUGAUCAUGAAAAAAUAAAUAAUAAAGUUAAACUUAAAGAAAAUAAAGAAAAUGAAAAUACUAAAAAAAAUAACAGGAGUAAAAUAUAUGAAAACGAUAUAAAAUAUUCCUUUAAAAAAAAUAAUCUCAAUUUAUGUAAUAAUUUUAUUUCCAAUAGAAAUUCAUAUACUUCAAUGAAUUUAUUAAAUGAAAAUGAAGUCGAACAAGAUGUUGAAAAAAAAAGGAGGAAAACAGAUAGUUCUAUACUAAGUGAUUUAUAUAAAAUGAAAAUAGGAGAAAAUAAAAUUGAAUCAAGUAAGAAUAAUGAAAUGGAAAAAAAGGAAAGAUUACAAUUAGAAAAUUCUUUUCUUAUUGAUGGAAUAAAUUUCUCUGAAUUCACAAAAGAAUGUAAAAUAAUUGAUGCUGAUAAAUUAAAUGAAGAAAUUAAGACAGAGGAAAAUGAACUACCUAGUGAUAUUUUGGUAUCAGAAAAAAAACAUUUUUUAGAAUUAGAUACAUGCAUAGAUUUUGAUGAAAAAAUAUAUAAAAAUGAGAAAAAAAAAUUACUAGACAAAGAUGAAGAAAAAAAAAAUGAGAAUAAGGAUGAAAAAGUUGAAGAAAUCAAUAAAGAAGGUAAAAAAAUGUCAAAAGAAGGAAAAUUAAAUACUAAUAAAGAACAGGAAAAUAUCUCAGAAAAUGUAAAAUCCCAAAAAAAAAAAAAAAAGAAAGGAAUCACUUCAAAUAAAAUAAAUGAUGAUUUAGAUAAAAUAAAAGAAAAAUUAGAUUUAAACAAUGAUAAACAAUCAAUGGAAGAGUUCAAAGAAAGUUUUAAAAAAUUGGAUAAAGACAAGAAAAAAAAAAAUAAUGUGAAAAAUAUAUAUGAUUCUGAUGAUGAAUAUGUAGAUGUCUUAAAAGAUAAUUUAAAAGAUAAAAACAUAUACUUAAGAGAUGAAACUGAUAUAAAUAAUGAUAUUAAAAAAAAAAAAAAAUUGGAUAAGCAUGAUAAAAAAAAAUUAAGUGGUAUAUUUUAUGAUACAAGAAACGAAAAAGAUACAUGCAAAGCAAAAAAUUAUUUAGAAAAUGAAAAAAGGACUUUAGAGGAGUUAAAGCAAAAAGAAAAGGGAAGAUACAAGGAAUUAAAAAAAAAAAUGCAUUCUAUAAACGAUGAUGAGUUAAUAAAUGAUAAUAAAGAACUUUUAGAUAGCCAGAAUAAUAUCAUAGAUAGUUUAAAUAGCCAUAAGGGAAAAAAAGAGAAAACUAGCGAUUAUAUUAGUGACUCCUUUAAAAUAAAGAAGUUAUCAUUUGAAGAAUUAGACAACGAAAUGAAUAAAAAUUAUACGGAAGAAAUAAACAAAGAUACGAACAAAAUAUUAAGUAAUGAACUGAAUACAAAAUUACAAAAUGAAAUAAAUGAAGAAAUUUAUGAUAAUACAAGCAAUAAAACACUAAUAGAAACUGAAGAAGAAAAAGAAAUAAGAGAACAAAGAAGCUUAUUAACUACUGUAAAAAAAGAAAUUUCUGAUAAAUUGGAAUCAUAUGAUCAAAAUUUUGAUAUUUUUAUAAAAAAAAUUAAAAGGGUAAGUAUUUUAAAAGAUGUUGAAAGCGAAAAUAUUUCAAAUGAUGAAUAUUCACAACGAAAUAAUUUAAUAAUUGAUCUAGGAAGUAAAAUUAAUGAAUUGGAAAUAGAUAAUUUAAAUACAAAAAGUGUUUUAAUUGAAAAUUUAGAAAUAAAAAAAAAUAAAAAUGAAAACUUAUUUAAUGGCAUGAGUAAAACAUUUUAUGAAAUGAAUAAAAUAUUAAAUGAUACAAUUAUCAAAAAUGAAAUGAAACAUUUAGAAAAAGAAAAUCAAAAAAGAUCAUCUCUUGAAGUAGAUAAAAAACUAAAACUAGGAAAUGAAUAUGAAAAUGAAGAAAAAAAGAAAUUAUAUGAUGAGAAUGAAAUAAUCUACAUGUUAUAUAAUGAAAAUGAAGAAAAAGAUAUUCCUUUUAGAGAAAAUGAAGCAAUAAAUAAGUUAUAUGAUGAAAGUGAAGUAAAGGAUAAGUUAUAUAAUGAGAGUGAAGAUAAAGUAUAUAAUGAAAAUAAAGUAAAGGAUAAGUUAUAUAAUGAAAGUGAAGAUAAAGUAUAUAAUGAAAAUAAAGCAAAUGAUAAGUUAUAUAAUGAAAGUAAAGGUAAAGUAUAUAAUGAAAAUGAAGUAAAGGAUAAGUUAUAUAAUGAGAAUGAAGAUAAAGUAUAUAAUGAAAAUAAAGCAAAUAAUAAGUUAUAUAAUGAGAGUGAAAUAAAAGAUAAGUUAUCUAAUGAAGGUGAAGUAGGAGAUAAGUUAUUUAAUGAAAGUAAAAUAAUAGAUAAAUUGUACGAUGAAAAUAAAAUGAAGGAUGAGUUAUAUAAUAAAAAUGAUGUAAAAGAUAAGUUACAUAAUGAAAAUGAAGCAAAUGAUAAGUUAUACAUUGAUAAUGAGACGAAAGGUAAGUUACAUGAUAAUAAUCAAAUAAGAAGUAAUUUAUGUAAUGAAAAUAAGACUGAUAUGUUAAAUCAGCAUAAUAAAACAAAAGAUAAAUCACGUGAUGAUAACGAAAUAAAAAAUGUAUUAUAUAAUGAGGGUGAAAUAAAAAGAAAACUCCAAGAUAAAUCUGAAAUAAAAUACAAAAAUAAAAUAUUUUAUGAGGAAAAGUUAAAAGAAAUUAAAAUGACUCAUGAAACAGGAACACCUAAGAAAAAAUUUAAAUUUCUACUUAUAGAAGAUGUAAAUAAAAUGAGAAACUUUAUAAAAAUAAAUAAAAAAAGGAAAAGAGAAAAUUUCAUAAUAAUAUCAAAUUCUCAUAAAAAUAUAUAUAAUUUAAUAAAAAAAUUAAAAGUUGAAUUUAUAGAACCAUCAAUAGUACUGAAUAGAAAUCUUAAAUUAGAAAAAGAAUUUUUAUCUCCAUUAGGAAAAUUAAUUAAUACUGAUUUAGAAAAUGGAAAGUACAUUGAUUUUAAAAAAAUAUUAGAUAUAACAUUAGAAUAUAUUAAUACAAUUAUCUCUAAAAAUAAUGGUUAUGUUUUAUAUUUAAAUGAACACUUUAUGGAAUACCUAGAAUACUUUCUUUCUAAAUUAAAAAAAUUGUCUUCUCUAAACUAUAUUAAUUACAUUCAUUUUUUAAAUUUAAAUUUUUUAAAAAAUGUAAAAAAUAAUAAAGAAAUAAAUAUUAAUGAUUUUUUAUUAAAGGAUAAAAAUUUAAUUUUAGAGAAUCCAUUCAAAGAUGCUUUCCCAGUAUUUUGCAUAAUUCUAAAAAAUUAUAGAAACAUAAAUUUUAAUUAUGAGGGAUCAUAUUUUAUAAAGGAUAUUUAUGAAAAUGUAUUUAAUCAAUACAAAGAAAAAGUUUCUAAUCCAUUUGAAGUUGUGAAAACAAAAGGAAAUGAUGAGAAAGCAAAUAUUAAUAAUCAAAUAGAGAAAAGUGGAAAUCCAACUGAAGAUAUUAAAAUAGAAAGUAAUGAAAUCAAUGAAGAAGAAAAAAAAGGUAAUAAUAUAAAUGAAACUAAAAAUGAAAAUGAAAAUGAAAAAGAAGAAGAAAAAGAAGAGGAAGAGGAAGAAGAAGAGGAAGAGGAGGUUAAAGAGAAAGCUAAAGAGGAACAUAAAGAAAAAGAAGAGAAAGAGGGAGAGAAAAGAGAGGGAGUAAAAGAGCACCAAAAAAAAAAGAAGAAAAAUGAUGGAAAUGCAUGUGAAUCCCAAGACAAAGAGGAAAAUUCUUAUAUAGAUAAAAAGGAAGAUGUAGAUAAGGAUGAAACUACUGAUGAAGAUUCUUUAAGUAUAGAAAGUGCAGAAAAAUAUUACUUUGAUGAAGUAGAAAAUAAAGAAAAAGGAAGAGAAGAAUAUAAUGAAGAGGAGAAAGAAGAGGAAGAGGAAGAGGAAGAGGAAGAUGAAGAGGAAGAGGAAGAUGAAGAGGAAGAUGAAGAAGAAGAUGAAGAUGAAGAAGAAGAUGAAGAUGAAGAAGAAGAGGAAAGUAGUGAAGAGAUAUAUAAUGAAGAUGGAGAAAAAAGUGAAAAAAAAAAUAAGAAAAAUAUUCAUUUGUCGAAUAUAGAAGAAAGUGAAUAUGACAAAGUAAGAGAAGAUAGUCAAAAAAUUGAAAAGCAAGCUAACAUUUAUAGUAUAAAUGUCGAUAAUAUAAGUGAAAAAUAUUUUGAUUUAAUGAAUGAAGAGAUAAAUUACAUUUAUAAGUGUAUUAACCCUGAACAAUACUAUCAAAAUUAUUAUAAAGACUUAAAAAAUUACUACAACGAUAUAAAGUUUGAAAAGGAAAUUUCCUUGAUUCUUUCACAUUUUAAAAAAUUAUUAAAAGCAAAUAAUGGUGAUGAUAAAAUAGAAAGUGAACAAAUCUUUAAUGAAACAAUAAAGAUUAACGAAGAAGACAAAUUAAAUAAUAUGAACCAUGGAAAGGUAGAAGAUAUCAUAGAAGUAAAUAAGUCAAAUAAUGAAGAAAAAAACGAAAUAAAAGUUUUGAAUGAUGAUUUAAAAAAUUUAGAAAAAAUGGAAAAGCAAUUACUACAUAUAUUGGUGAAAGCUUUCAAUAUAAAAACAAUACAUAUAGAUGAAAUUGAAAAUAAUUCUAUCUACAAAGUUUUUUACGUUAAUAUGAUUAAAAACAAUUAUUCUUAUUAUUUAAAAAAUAACUAUUUCCCAUAUAAAUAUAAAAAAAAAAAUAAUAGUAAAAAUAAGGAUAAAUAUAAUUUCCUUAUAACAAAUUUAAAAAAAAAAGAAGAAUCAUCAAAAUUAAUUUUAAAUAAAGAAAAUGAUUCUAUUGUAAAAGAGGAAACUUUGGGAAAUAAAAAUAAGAAUAUAAAUAAUUAUUAUAGACACUGGAAUAAUUAUUAUAUAUAUUGUCCGGUUUCUUACAUAAAUGAAAAUAAAUUAAUAAAAGGAAAUAAAAGAUUUACAGUCAUUUAUAAAAAUAGAGUGUAUAUGUUAGAAACUUAUGAAAAGAUGAAUGAAUUUUUAAAAUAUCCGAAAUUUUAUUCUAGUAACAAAAUAAAAGAAUCGAUAAAUUUUUGUGUAGUAAUUUAUUUACCAAAUAACGAUAUAAAGAAAAAAAUUUUUAAUUUGUUUAAAUUUUAUGAUAAAUUAACACAUAUUGAUAUAGACGAAUAUUUUAAAUAUAUUUUUGAAAAAAUGGAUGAAGAAAAUGAAGAAAAUCUCAAUAUUCAUUUAUUUGAAGCUAAUCGUCUGCUUGAAGGCAAAAUGGUUUCUUCAUUAUUUAUAGUUAGAUAUAUAUGUAAGAAAAUGAAUAAAAUUCACAAUUUUAAUGUGUAUAUAAUGAAAGAAAUCAUAUUAUGCUUAAAUGAAUUCAAAAACAAUUUUGACAAUUUACUUAAAAAUAAUACAUCUGAUACCUCAAAAAAUAUACAAAGCUUUAGGGAAGAUAUUCAUGAGAAAAAAAAAGUAAAAAAAAAACAUUUCGAUCUUAUAAUAAAAAUAAAAUCUUUUUAUAAUCUAUUAAUGAUAGAAAGAAAUGAUGAAAAAGAGUCUAAUUUUAAAUAUAUAAUUAAUGAACUUUUUAACGCACAAAGUUUAGACAGUGUAAAUGAAUCAUUAAGUAAAUUAAUUAUUUUAAUUGAUGAAGUAUUCUACAUGGAAAAUGAAAAAUAUAAAAUUCAAAUUGAAAAUGAUAAUAUUAAAAAAAAGGAAAAUAAUUUAGAGAAAUUUAAAGAUGAUUAUAAGGAAAAAAAUAAGAUUUUAUAUAACGAAAAUGCUAUAUCUACAUAUUCAAAUAACAAUUUUAUUAUAAGUGGGUUACCAUUAAAUAAUAAAAUUUUUUUUUAUUUAAAAAAAAUGAAUGUUGAAAUUGAUAACAUUAUUGCAUUUAAUAUUAAUAAUAAAAAAAAAAAAGUUAUUAAGAGUUUCAAGUAUAAUAUAUCUCAGACUAUUGACAAUGCUUUGGAUAAUUUUAGUAAUUACAACUCUAUGUAUUUAUACAACAAAAAUUAUAAAAAAGAGAUAGAAAAACUAAAAAAAGAAAAUUACAACGUUCACUUUAUAAAUAUCAGUGAAAAUAUUUAUAGUUAUUUAAACGAAAUAAGAAAAAUCAUAAAUCCAUUUAUUCAUUCUUAUCUUAAUUAUAAUUCUGUAUUAGAUGAUAAUACAUUAAUUGAUGAGUUAAAUAAAGGCUAUACUAAUGUGUACUGUCCAUACAUUUUAAAAAAGUAUAAUUGGUUGUAUAAAUGUAAGAACAAUGUCAAAUUAAUAUAUGAUGAAAAAAUACAUUUUUUGUCAAAUGCUUAUAAUGCUUUUUUAUUUAAUCAGAAUAUUAGAUUUUAUUUACAUAAUUAUAAUAUUCCUCCAUUAAGGAUAUUAUUAUUAAGUGAUAAAAACUGUGAUUUCAAAGAUGAAAUUAAUAGUAUUAGAUAUAAAUUUUCUCUAAAAUAUAUAGAUAUAGAACUCGAAUUUAUAAAAAACUUUAAAUAUAUAUGUAUAUAUAUAAUUAAAUAUAUAUAUGCUUUUAAAAUAUGUAAAUAUAAUAGUGAAAAAGAAUAUUCAAGCAAUCAUUCAGUGGAUACUUUGGCUUUAUUUAACUUUCAAAAAACGAUUUACUUAAAUAAUGAAGAUGUAUUGUUUCUAGAAAAUAAUAUUAAUAAAGUUAAUAUAUCUAAAGAUAAUAAAAUUUUCGAGGAAGAAAAAAUAUAUGAUAUAAUAUUUACCUUAAUUAAACCAUCUAACUUAAUUUUAAACCUUGCUAAAAUUUUGACAGUACGAUUUAUAUUGCAUGAAAAUUUAGAGAAUUGUGUUAUUAAAUUUAAUUAUACAAAAAAUAGCAUUUUCAAAAUACUAGAUAAAAGUAAUCUAGAAAAAAUUUUAAAAAAACAAAGAGAUAUUUUACCCUGUAGCUCAAAUAGUAACAUAAUAAUUAUGUCAAAUGAAAAUUUUUCUGAAAAGGAAAAAAUAUAUAAACAAGAACAAGACCAGCUAAGUUCGAAAGUUUCAUUAAAUAUAAAAAAUGAAGUAGAAAAUAAAAAUGUAAAAAAAGGCAUAAUAAAUAAUUCUAACGAAAAAAACAAUAUUGAGAAAAGCUUCUCUAAUAAAAAUAAUGUUGACGAAAAUAAUUUUGACGAAGUACAAUAUAGUGAAGAUGAUUAUGAUAAAAACAGUUCUAAAGAUGAAGAUUCAUCAGAUAAUUCUGAUAACUAUUUUUGCUACAAUAAAGAUAUUAUGAAAGUAAAAAAUAUCCAAAAAAUAUUUUUAAAGAAAAAUGAAAAAAAAAUACUUUAUAGUAAAUAUAAAUUUUUAGAGGAAAAGCUAUUAAAUUCAUUUGAAAAAAUAUUAAAAUAUUCUUUUCGUGUACCAGAGCAUAUAAUUUAUUUAAGAUGCGAAGAACAAGAAUCAUGGGAAAAAUCAGAAUAUUAUAAAUUAAAAAAAAGUGUAAUUGAAGAAGAGAGUAAGAAGAAGAAAUAUAUAGAUGAAAUAAAGAGAGUUUCUAGAAAAAACAAAAAAGUUAUUGAUUAUUUAAAAAAUAAUACUAAUAUAUGGAACAUUAAUAUAGGGAAAAUGCACAUAAAAUCAGUGAAAACACUAAUAGAAAAUAGAUUAAAUGAAAUUCUACAAUAUAGAAAUAAUUUAUUUCAUCAAUUAAAUAUAAAAAGAAUUGAUAAAAUUUGGGCAACAUUUUUAAAAAAUAAUAAUUAUGCAAAAUUAUCAAAUUUUUAUUUUUAUUCUCCUGUUGACAUAGAUAAUAUUGUAGAUAUAGACACAAAUUUCAUAAUUUUAUAUAAUUCCUUUUUAUUUUAUUUUAGAACAGAAUAUGAAUUAAAUAAAUUUAUUAAGAACCCACUAUACUAUUUAACGCAACUGAAACCGGAUCCUUCUUUUGUUCUGCCUUUUAUAUUUAUUUACUCAAAUAUAGAACUAGAAAAUAUGUGUGUGGAAUUAAUGAAAAAUACAAAAUGCAUAAUAAUUAACAAACAAAAUUUAAUAUCAUUUGGUUAUCAAAUAAGUAAAUAUAAAAAAGAAAUUGAAAGCAAUAAUAUAAAUAACAACCAGUUAAUGGAAUUGUUGUAUAUAAGAAUGAAUCAAUAUGAUGUUUUAUCACAUGGGUGUAUCUUAUAUAACUUUCCUUAUAACAGAAGUCAGUUAGAUCUAAUUUUAAAAAAUAAGAACAUGCCACAUUUAAUUUUUAUAAUUAAAGAGAAAUUUAUCAAUAAAGAUGAAAAUUUGAAUGAUGUAAAUAAAUUAAUAGUGAAUAAAUAUAAUAACAGCAUAUCAAAAAGUGAAAAUAAUAUGGAUAAAAGUUUUUUAUCAGAGAAUAAUAAUGAUAAUGAAAUAGUUCAUAAUUUUUAUUCAUUUAUAGAUAAUAUAGAAAAAGAAUUUAAAAAAUAUAAUAAUAUUAUUUAUGUAGAAUACACAAAUAUAUGGAGAACGAAAUAUCAAAUAAUUAAAAAUAUAGAAGAACAAAUAAAAAACUAUCAAAGAUAUAACAGAUAUAAAUAUAAUAACAAGACAGCAUACUUUAAAGGAUUUAAUAUGUAUGAAAAAAGAAAUUAUGAGAAUGAAAUAAAAUUUAAUAAUUAUUGCAUAGUUACGUAUAAAAAUAAAAAUGUUCUACUGAAAUGCAACAUAUUUAAUAAUUAUACUAUAUAUCACAAUGAUUCCUUUUAUUUAGUUAAUAGCUAUGAUGAUGUUUUAAAAUUUAAAAAAAAUCCUGAAGCAUACAUAAACUUAGAAUUACCAUUUGAAAAAUUAGAGAAAAUGAAUGAAAUAAAUGAAAAUAUGAAAAUGGAAAAUGAUGGUUUUUGUUUGGUUAGCUUAGUUGAUGAACAAAAUUUUGUUAAAGGAGAUAACAAAUAUUGCAUCAAAUAUGAAAAUAAAUUUUAUUUGUUUCAAAAUGAUGAAAAAAUGCAAAAAUUUAUUAAUAAUUAUAAUAAUUAUUUAAAUAGUCAAAAUAUUUUUGAUAUAAUUAUUGAAAAAAUGAAAAAUAAAAAUGAUGUCAAUACGUUAAUUUAUUUAAAAACAUAUUUGUAUGAAAUUUUAUGUCAAGCUUUAUAUGAGUUAGGAAAGCAUAGGCCACUUUACCCUGGUUUAAGUGUAAAAUUAAGUGCAAUAAAAUUUUUGGCCUUAUUUUUUUACAAAGAAAAUAAAUUAUUUUCAAUUCCUCUUAGAAAAAAAUAUCAAAGUACUUUUCAAGCUUUUUUGACUAAUUGUGAAAUACCGAUGAAUAUACAAAAACUAAAAGAAAAAUUUGAAAAAGUUAAUGUAAACAAAAAUCAAAGCAUAAAAAAGCCUACUAAUAAUUGGACAAAAAGGGAUAUUGAAAAAUAUGAAAAUUAUAUAAAUUUAUAUGAUAAAAUAAUUUAUUCUCAAAAUAAAAUAAAUAAUAAUAAAGCUCCUUAA